GGAGCCAUGGCAUUGCCUGAUGGUUUUGUGUGAGGAGAGAUAUUUUUGACCCUUGCGGUCUUCCAUACUCUCCUCAAGUCGCGUCAUUGCCCAACCCUCCUGUUUCAUAGUUAGUGUUAAUUACCUCCCCUAUAAAGACUCCUCAUGUUUCUUUGUCUCGUUGCUCGUGCAUUGAAUGUGUUUGAUACCUGUUUUAUGAUCGUGUUCUUGUAUAUGUUCCUGUCGCUGUACCUGUUUUCAGACCUCGUGCCUUGUUCCUGUCUCCCUUGUCUAGUAAGUGUUAGUUUAGUGUUGGUUCCAAGUGUUUGUUUUCUUAGUUUUAGUUGAGUAAGUCAGUGUCCUUGUUCGUUGUUAAAGUUUAUAUUUCCCUGUAUUGUUUUACCCCAUCGUGGGUUUUUGUUUUGUUAGUUUUGUCAGUGUUUAUGUUUAAUAAAUCCUGUUUACCAUCUAUACCGUCUGUGUCUGCCUGCACUUGGGUUCUCACGCCAUGUCUCACACCGAGGUUCAUGACAGAAUGCACGAGCCACAACAGAACCCAGUAGGCAGCAUGGACGGUACGACGUUGUCCUUGCGGUCUCGCGCACGACCUGAUUUUGCCGAGUUCGACGCGUUCCUGGGUCCACAAGGGAGGCCCUUCACCUCCAACGGUUCAACCAAUCAGCAUCAUCAACGUCACCUCGUUGAGUUUGAGCGCCGGUUUUCGUGCAGCGACGGUUUCUGAUUUUCGCCUUACAAGACACAGCGCUCCACAUUCGUUUGGUGCAGGCAAGAAUCACCAGGUCGAUUAACAAUGGAGGAGAAAAAAGGGGUCUUCGGUGUGCCGUCAUUAACAGAAGAAUCAUUGGUUACAUUGAAUGAUGGAAUGUGGCUUGAUGACAUCGUUAUGGACAUUCAGUUGAGAUCUGUUCAUGAAGAAUUGGGACCAAAUAUAAGACGGAAAUCUUUGAUCUACCCAGUGCACUUUUACACAAAGCUAAAAACUGGUGGAUACACAGAUGUCAUCAGAUGGACAAAACAUGAGGACAUUUUUCGCAAGGACUAUCUUUUGAUAGUUGAAAAUGUCCUUGGAAAUCACUGGAGACUCAUGAUUGUGUGCUUCCCUGGGAAUGAAGAAGUGGAAUACAUCAAAAGGGGGCGAAGACUGGUACAAAGAAAGAGGCCUUGCAUUUUAAUGUUAGAUUCCAGGCCAGUUGAAGUGAGUGAUAGCAUGGAGGUGUUCCAAAAUAUUCGAAGUUACUUAACAGAAAUGUGGAAAAACACAAAACAAAAACCUCGGAUAUAUUCUGCGGAUUCUAUGCCAGCUCUCAAAGUACAGGUACCUGAACAGCAGGGAAACAGCUCUGAAUGUGGCCUAUUUGUCCUACUCUAUGCAGAGCACUUUCUGAAUGAUCCUCCCAAAGAACUAAUCAAUGAGCUUGACUGUACAUCCUGGUUUACACUGGCCGAUGCAUUUUCAAAGCGUGCACAGAUCAGGGACAAAAUGCAAAGUUGUCUAGAAGCAGAGGGAGGAGAACCAGAGGAAAUCAAAGCAGAUGAAGAGGAAAGUGAAGAGCAGCAAAACAUUUUUGAGAGAGGGAAAGACGCUGAGGAAAACAAAAGUGAACAGAGAAGGCAAGAGGAAAGCAUAGUAAAUGAGAAAGUAAAAGAAAAUAAAGAGAAAGGAAAAAUACAUCAUGAAAGAGACGAGUCUAGUUCACUUCAGGCAGGAAACUAUACAGUGUUGGGAAGGCUGUCAGUUCCAGGCACCAAAAGAAAGUACACAAUCACUCAAGAUGAAUUAAAAAGAAGGAUCACUGCAGAAAACAUGUCAAACAACAUGUUAAGAAGUCUGAUUAGGUGAAGGGGAGGCCACAGACUUAGCCCAGGAGCUUGGGGCAAUGCUUGGGCGACAUGUCACCCUAGAUAUGAGUACAAGUAUUCCAGGUGCUGAGGCAGAGGUUGCAAAGUAA